AUGUACCGAACGGAAAUCUCCAACUUUUCUUCGUUCUCGCCAUUUCGCGUGGCUAAGAAACACUCUGUUCCCAACAAUUUGGACCUCAUCUCACGCUCCUUCGAUGACGCUUUGCUUUGCCGCUUGAAAACGCUGACUCCACCGUCGAUCAGCCUGUCUUGGCUCUCCAAGGCCGUCGAUUUCCUCGCCUUGGCUCAGUCCGAAGCCAGAGUUCUCAUCUCCAAUCUCAAAGUAGCGGCUCUCGAUGAUUCGCUUGCUUGGUAUUUGGACGACAGCGUCAAGCUCUUGGACCUCUGCAACUCCGUCUCUGCCGACAUUGAACGCUUUCGCCAGCGUCGCCUUCUUCUCACCUUCGUUCUUCACCUUCUCGGCGACGGGAAUCAGUCUCCGGAGAAGCUCCGUCGAGCCAGCAAAGCUCUCUCCGACUUCGAGCGCUGUGCUUCGGACCUCGGAAAACGGAGCAAUGCGGAGGUCUUGGUCAGAGAUCUGGCCACGGGGCUCCGCAACGUGCCACGCGGCAAGGCCUCGAGGGUCGGGAAGCUCGUGCGUCGAACCGUGCACGCCGUGGGAUUGGUGACUGUGUUCAUCGCCGGAGGCGUGGUGGCGACGAUCCACGGAUCUCCUGAGAUGGUAAAGGUCGGAGUGCCGGCGGAGUUUUCAUGGGCCGAGUCGUUGAACGAGUUGGAAUCGGAGGUGUCGGCCGAGUUGAAACGGCGAUUCGGGGGCGAAAAGGACAAGAAACAGAAAGGCCUAUUGGAGGAGUUGGAAGACGUGGGGACACGUGUAAGGGAAGUGUGUGAGGUCAUUGAUGACCUGGCAGGAGUUGCGGUAGAGGAGGAGGAGGAGGAGAAGAAGCGGCUAACCGAUGUCGUAAAAGAGCUGGAAAGAGCAACUGGGUCGUUUUCGGAUGGGUUGGAGCGGUUGGGUAAUGGCGUGAGUGAGAUGUUCAAUGGUGUUUUGUGUAACAGGAACCACAUGCUGGAGAAGGUGAGAGCGAGAGAAAGAGGAGUGGGGCCAAAAGCCAUAAACAAAACUUGA